AUGUGUCUCCUCUCAGCAAAGACGCACACACUAACGGGAAAGGUGUUAGUUAGCGGUUUUUUUAUAUUGAAAGUUUUGUUUUUGUCGUCUUGAGGCUGUUUAGAUGUUGUACUCUGUAUAUUAAACAUUCCGCUUGUUAAACGCAAUAUUUAUUGGUCAGGAGCAGCCGACUUCGUUUCUCCUAAAGAGUGUCCGCUUCCCCUCCCCUCGAUGAAGCGCUGCGAUGCCCUCUGAUUUUAUAUCCCUCCUUAGCUCGGAUUUCGACCUCAAUUCUCCCAAAUCUCUAUAUUCAAAAGAGUCGGUAUAUGACCUCCUCCCCAAAGAGCUCCAGCUCCAGCCGUCGUCCACCCAGACAGACCCACCCACCAUGAGCCAACAAAGUGGGGGAGAGGCGGGACCUCCCCCCUCUGCAGCCGUGGCUUCAGAUGCCACCUCUUCCACCUCCAGCCCCUCUGCCUCUUCCUCCCUGGCUAUGGGAGCCUCGUCCUCUGGUUCCUCUACCUCCUCCUCAGACCAUCUCAAGGCUCCCCAGCAUCUCCACUCCACUGGUGAAGAUGGAGCUGGAGCUGCAGAGACUCAAGGUAUGGAGGGUGCUGUAUCGGCCCCCAGCAGAGGCAACAGUGGAGCAAACACUGCAACAGGAGACAUAGGGUCAGGAGUGUUGUCAGGGCCAGGAGUCCAGCAGCCUCAGAACACCCCGUCCAAACGGAGGCCUGUGUUGAACAUAUCCCCCCCGCCCGAGGACCUCUUUGACGACAGCCAGAUGUCCUGCCAAGAGGAGCCAUCAGUUUCUGCUCCAACGGGUCCGGAUUCAGAGCAUAGCAGCAGCAUGUGGGCCGAUGACUCUGUCUCCAACUUCAGCUUGCUCAGCUCCGUGUCCUACAACGACAACACAGAGGUGCCACGCAAGUCUAGGAAACGUACCCCCCGCCAACGGCCUGGGCCCAAACCAGCCCCUCCAGAGGACAGCAUGGACGUGUUCGAUGCUGACAGCGCAAAGGCCCCUCACUUUGUCCUGUCCCAGCUGGGCACAGACAAAACCAGUCCCAGCUCUCUUGAGUCAGGGACAGCAGUGAAGGGUGGGUCACUGUCUACUCAGUACCCCCAGAGGAGUGAUGGGAAAGAGCUGAAGAUCCUGGUGCAGCCAGAGACCCAGCACAGAGCUCGCUAUCUGACCGAGGGCAGCAGAGGUUCUGUCAAAGACCGCACACAGCAGGGAUUCCCCACUGUCAAGUUGGAAGGCGUGAAUGAACCAGUUGUGCUGCAGGUGUUUGUAGCAAAUGAUGCUGGCAGAGUGAAGCCUCACGGGUUCUACCAGGCGUGCAGAGUAACGGGACGCAACACCACUGCCUGCAAGGAGGUGGACAUUGAAGGCACCACUGUAAUCGAGAUCCCUCUGGAGCCCAGCAGCGAUAUGACACUCGCGGUAGACCGUGUAGGAAUUCUGAAGUUGCGUAAUGCAGACGUGGAGGCCCGUAUUGGUGUGGCAGGGUCCAAGAAGAAGAGCACACGUGCCAGGCUGGCAUUCAGAGUCAACAUCCCCCAACCUGAUGGAUCCGUCCUUACUCUACAGGUCACCUCUUCACCCAUCCUCUGCACCCAGCCAGCAGGAGUGCCAGAGAUCCUGAAGAAGAGUCUUCACAGCUGCUCAGUGAGAGGAGGAGAGGAAGUUUUUAUCAUUGGAAAGAACUUCCUCAAAGGAACCAAAGUCAUUUUCCAAGAGAAUAUUGCAGACGAUAGCUCCUGGCAAGCUGAGGCUAAGAUUGACAUGGACCUUUUCCAUCAGAACCAUUUGAUAGUGACAGUCCCUCCGUUCCAAAACCAGUCCAUCACUUCUCCCAUUUCUGUGGGAAUCUACGUGAUGACCAAUGCUGGUAGAUCACAUGAAGCCCAACCCUUCACUUACAAUCCAGACCCAGCUGAUAACUCAGAAGUCCGGACAAUAAAAACAGAGGGACCCUCUCUAGUCAGCACAUGUAUAUUUGAUUGCCAGAUCAAAUCUAUAUCUUCUGAGCAAACUGACAGCUCUGCUCCUCCUUCCAAACGGCAAGAAGACACACCAAUGGAAGUGUCUAGCAAUCCCCCUCCCACAGAGGUCUUUAAGCCAUCCCCUGACCCUCUUGUCGUGGUGCAGCAGACACUGGAGCUCAGCUCUAAUCCUCAUCCAGGUGGGGAGUCCUUUCAGAGCCCAAUGCCCCUACAACAUGAAGAUGUGGAGCUCUCCCAGGCGCCCCCUGUCUUUCCUAGCCUUGAGUCUCUCAGCACCAUACAGAAGCAAGACAUUACCCCCACAACCUCGUUCCCAGUGCCGGGGGAUACCACAAUCCCCCCUGUUACACCAGAAGUCCCUCAGCAAUUUCUCAGAGAUCCUCAGGACAGCGUACCUCCUGAGAGUUCAAACAGUGGCGGAGGGGUCGUAGUCUUGGCCAUGUCCCAGAUAGCGACUCCCUCUCAGCCCCAGCAGUCACAGGUCCCCCUAUUCCCCCAGGAUGGGGUGACCCAGCUGGAGAGGGCAGUAAGAGAGCUACAGGCGGGAGGAAACACCACCUUCCAGCAGGUGUUGGAGGCGGCUGUAGCCCAGCAGCAGCUAAACUCUGUGCUGUACAGCCCCACCCCCUCUGCAGACACCCUUCAGCAGCAUGUCCAGGAGAACAUGAAUAGCCUUAGAUUGGGAAACACAGAUAAUACACUCUCGACACAGCAACAGCUACAAAUACAGCAGCAGCAGCAGCAGCAGAUGCAACAACAACAGCAAAUGCAACAGCAGCAGCAGAUACAACAGCAACAACAGAUGCAACAGCAGAUGCAACAGCAACAACAAAUACAACAGCAACAACAAAUACAACAGCAGAUGCAACAACAACAACAACAAAUACAGCAACAGUUUCAACAGCAUCCACACUUGCAGCAACAUCAACUCCUUGGUAACCUUCAGCAGCAGCAGCAGCAAGGUCUUGGCAACAUGCAGAUUCAACAACCACAACAACUUAUAUUACAGCCACAAGACCAGCAGCAACUACAGCAGCAGCAAAUGAUAGAGAAUAUUCAGCAGCAACAGCUGCAGCAAAAUCAGCAACAGCAAGUCCUUAACAGCAUCCAACUUCAGGAUCAGCAACAACAAAAUCAAAUACUUACCAAUUUACAGCAACAUCAGCUACAGCAGCAGCAUCAGCAGCAGCAGCAACAACAACAACAACAACAACAACAGCAAAAUCAAGCAUUGAGCAACUUGCAACAACAACUGCAGGAGCAGCAGGUGUUGGAGAAUUUGCAGCAGCACCUUCAGGCUGAGUUGCUUCAGCCCCAGAUCCACUCCGCUCCCCAAGUCCAGCAGCCAGUGUCCCUGCUUCAACAGACUGGAGAGCUGCUCACCAUUCAGACCAGCUUCCCCACACAACCCCCGACCCACACAUCUCCCCCACAGCAGCUCUUUCAAUCGCCACGGCCCCUCGCUGAGACCCAGAGCCCCCAACAGCAGGUCCAGGCUGCCAUGCUCCAAAACACACUGACAGUUCUGACCAGUGGCAGUCUCAACUCAGAGCAGCAGCCUACAGGGUCGACCCUAUACCUUUCUCCAAACCCUCAGCCCCAACAACAGCAACCGCAGCUGACUUUCAUCUCCUCCAUGGAGACCUCUAACAGCCAGCCCCAGUCCGUUGCAAUGUUUCAGAACCAACCCCAAACUCAGCUUUCCCAAAUGCAGCAACAGAGCACCCCCAUGGAGCAGCAGCAGUCUCCACAGCAGAACCAACAACAGCAACCACAGCUUCCAAUGGGCCAGCAGGGCUCCCUGUUCCAAAGUAUCCAGAACCACUCUCAGCCUAACACCGUCUCUCAAAGCCAGCUCUCCCAGCCCCAGCAGGCAGGUCUCCUGCUCUGCACCACAGAUCUUAACCCCCAGGCUAUUCCCCCAACGAUUCUCUUCAGCACCCAAACACAAGGCCCUUCCCAGAUGGGGAGCAUUAGCGUUGGGAUCCAGCAGUCUGACUCAGCAGAGCCCAUGUCCUUCCAAGACCAGAGCUCCUCAGGCGGAGGAAACACAUCUUCCGCUGAGAGCCGGCAGCAGAGCCUGUUCCAGGAACAGCAGCCAAUGCAAGUGGGUUUAAGUUCCAGCAGCGUCCAGAGCAGUCAGCCUGUGGAGCUGUUCCUGCCACAGACAUCUCUGUCCAGCCUGCAGAGCACUAUUGGCUCACAGGAGCUGAACAACCAGGCUCCAUCCCCUGGCACGACCAUAUUUGUGGUCCAGGGCAGUGUGGGUGUGGUAGCCAACCCUGGCCAGCAGCCCCCGGAGCAGCUUUUCCAGACAACCGUGGGUGGAAAUGUGGCUGCACAAGGACCGGCCAACCUGUUUGUGUUUGGCAUCCAGAAUGACCCACCCCAACUGCUCAAUUCCUCCGGACCUGCCCUCGCUGCUCAAGGCCCGCCUCAGAGCUCUAAUCACAUGCAGCCUCUGUUGGACCAGCCGAUGGGCCAAGCUGCCUCCACAAUGCCAUCUAACAUGCAUAGCAGCUUACAGAGCACCCUCGAGGCCCAAAUGCAGUCAAGCUUAGAGAGCGCCAUGCAGACCAGCCUACAGAAUGCGAUGCAGACAAACACACAAACAGCUCUGCAGUCCAGUUUACAGGCAACCAUAGAAACAAGCCUGCCGACUCCAAUGCAGACCAAUCUACAGACACAGGGCAGCUUACAGAAUCAAUUGCAGGCCUCAAUAUCUGCGUCGUCCAACAUGGAUAAAUUUGAGGACAUACUGGAAAGCCUGCAAAAGCAGUGAAAAGUGUUUGGACCAUGUUGCCACUAAGGAGAGUGAGUGGAAUGUAGCCUAUACUUAUACACCCUAACAAAGACCAGAGAGCGGUGGUCUAUGAUGUUUUGUGAAAUGCCACAAAACUUAGAAAGCAAUUAGAUAUUUAAUAAUUAAAAGCCCGUUUACCUAAAACCUAAAUUAUGAGCUCUUGCAAUUGUUUUUAUGGAAUAUUUAUAAUUGUUAUAGCCUACAUACAUCCAUCGUCCUUGAAUCGAAGAAUACGCCUUUGUUAUUACCCCUCUCGCAGGAUCAGAGAGGCCUGUAAUAACUGCUUUAUCCAUCAGUCUCAGAAAUGCAGUGUAUUGUUGUUAGAGGUUUUUGAAUAAUAUGAGCCUAAGAGAUGAUGAUAAAAAAACCUACCAGGUUAGGUGGAAAAACUGGAAAGGGAUAAAGAAUGUCAGCAACAGGGAGACGGGAAUAGUAUUGUCAGAGUAGGCGGAGUAGAUAAAACAGCCAGCGAUGAAGUGAAUAUCAGAUUGUGUCAGAUAUAAGCUGAAUCUCAUUUUAUGAGUGUAAAGACUUCAAGCCCAAUAUGAGGGGAAGAGAUGUGAGAGGUGUUUUUGUCUGUUCGUCAUGUGAAUAUCAUUUACCUGGCAUAAUAGGGAUGGAAUAAGGUCGCCACUCAAUUGAAUCUAAUGACAUGGAUAACGUAGGAUAUUUUGCAGUUAAUUAGACCCUGGUUUUGCAAACGUAAACAAUUUAAAUAAAAUCUACUCUAAGAGUAGAGACUAACAAAUUAAGUACAUUUGUAAAAUGUUUGCCUCCACAAUAUGUGCUUAACAUGAGCAGACUCUAGUAGCACAGAGUUUGAGCAUUGAUCGACUCCACACAAAAAAAACUCACUCACCAAAAUGGUGAUCAGUCAAUACAUUCUGGUAUUGUAGGGGGUUCCCCCAUGUGCAAAAAAAAAGAGGGACUAUCAAACACUCACAAAUGAGAUUCCCCCUUGUGAUAACUGUGACUUGGCCCUUUGGUUUUGGCUCCUCCCAGUAUUUUCAUAGGUCAAGGCGUCAUUACUGGGCUUGCAGAAGCUUUCUUGGUCAAAUUUUAGGAAGCAUUCAACUAUGUAGUGUGUGUAUACUUUUUUGUUUUGAAAAAUUGGUAACUUUUACCAAUUUAAUGUGGAUAGAAAGAAACGUUCCACUUGUGAAAAUGGAGUGUUGUGUGGUUUUAUAAACAUUUUAUCUCAAGCACUUUAUAACCUCUAGCUAAUCCUUAUAUUCGUCCACAGCUCUCUACUGACACAGCUGAAUUUGUACUCGGAAAUAUCCAGUUAAAAAAACGAAAAAUAUAACACAGCAGUUGUCUUUGUAAAGGUAAAUACAUCCUAACCAAUUAUUUUUACAUUUUAUCUUGUCUGAAUAUUUUUGAGGUCUAUGACAACUUUGUAUAGGAUGUCUACUCACUGUUGAAUUCCUCUUUGUAUUCAGUCUGUGGUCCAGUCUAAACAAACAGCCAUUCCCACAAAAGCAUUGUCAAUGUUCAGUGUCUGAGUGGUAAGUAGGCCUUUGUGUUUUAGACACUGACAAAACACCCUAACAUUUUUCUUUAGUUGGUCCAUUUGAAAUGAAGGAGUUUUCAUCGUAUUGUUAUUUGUACUAUUUACUGUUCAAUCUGUCACUUGAGACUGUUUCACCUUGUGUUGUGUUAGAUAUUUAAGUUUUCGUCUCAGUGUUGGUACCGUGUGCAGGCCGGCGCCGUGUGAAGUUGGCAUCCAGUGACCGUCCCAUGUGUUGUGAACAGGGGCUCACUGGUAAAUGAAAUCUCUGUUACAUAGAGGCCGCCAUUUUGACCUAUGGUGCUAUGUGCAGGAGUGGUGGGCACUUCUGAUUUGAUGUUAGUACAUAACAGUUUAUACUUAUCUUUAUAGCACUGACAAUAAUUGUUAGUUUUGAAGCGCAUUGAGUCUAGAGCUGGCUGUUGUUGUGGGGUCAGACUGGAGCGCACCCAGGCAUACCAAAGCUCCUGUUGUGAAUCAUUUUGUCUCAUACAUGUCCUUGCAAAUGUUAUCAUGUUUACUCAUUCGUACUUACUCAUUUAAGUUAUGCAGCUCUUACAUGGAUAGUAAUUCAGCAUGUGUUUUUGAGUGCAAGAUUUAUAAAAGAUACGUAAAGGUACUUUGUGUCAUGGAUCAGUUUUCCUCUAAACAUUUCCACCAAUUUGAUACAUUACAUUACUCUAUUUUUUGAUGCAAAAUAUAACGGCUGUACUUUCCAUAUCUAUAAAAGUGGCCAAUGUUGGCAUUAUCAAAAAGCCAAUUUUUGAGAAUAAUUCGAAUGUUAGAAUAGUGUUGCUCACAUAUGCAUUUGUUUACAUUUUCAUAGUCAUACUAUUUUUUCCUGCAGCUGUUAGUGAUCCAUUUUAAAGUAACUUAUCUUUUUUAGAAUUUUGUAUCCAUGUAUCAAAAUGCAGAGUAUUUUUGUAAAACUAAACUUUUUGGUUUAUGCUCAUAGCACAGAAUAUAUCAUUGCUGGUAUGUUUUCCUGAAAUGAAGCGCAGGUUUAUUGUGAAGUGUGUGACUGAAAUUAGUAAUGUAAUUAAGUGGACAUCAAGCAAAUAUGUUGGAACUUAAUUCUACUGUUUUUAAAAAUGACUUUACCCAACCUGUAUAACAUAAUACAUGGGCUAGGUUUUUCUUGUGUGUGUUUGUUUUUUAUGUCAUGCAUCUCAAAUGGCACUUUGACUCAUCCAUUAACUGUAGAUCAGGUUAGAGCGCAGUAGUGAUGUUUCCAAGCAUUCCAGCCCUCUUGGGGGAGUUUAAGAGCACAUGAUGUUGCGGAAGAAGUGCGGAAAAGUAAUGCCUCUUAAAGCCAUACCAACACAGAAAGCCAACCUGUGACUUCAGUUUCAUGAAUGUAAAUUUUACCUCAUGGUGUGGACAUAGAGCUUACUCUACAUCUAACAUCGGACCAAUUACAGUUUUAAAGAACAUAUAUUUUGAGGCAGAAGGGGAGGGUGGGGGUGGCACCAACUGUCAUUUGUAUCACUGUACAUUUGUCGGAUUUUUUCGUCUUGGAUUGUGGUGUAAUCUCAUGUUUUUUCACAUCCAGUUUCAUUUUGAGCAAUCCAGGAUGCUCAGUCUGACUCUUCGAAUAGCCACUUCCACCUGAAAAAAAAAACAUGUGAAACAUUAAUUUAAAAGGUGGUGAAGAUAGCACACAAAUCUUUACAAAAUAUCAGUUUUGUCCUUCAUUCAUGUAAUGAAUAUCCAUGUAUAUUUAAAUGUGAAAUAUACUGCAGGGGUAUCUUGAAUUUCAAUUGUGAUGCUUUCAACAGAACUUUGUGUGCCUUGAUAACUUAACUGUUACUCUGCUUUGUUUACUGGUGUCCCUUUCGUGUCAUAGCUAUUUGGCUCCUUGUCCUUUUUCUUCUCUAGGACUGUUGAACAUCAAGACACCUUUAUGUGGUUGAAUCUUUAUUUCUAAACACAAGCAUUACCAUAGCCCAUACAGACAUAUUUUAUUUCAACAACAUCGUGCAGCUUCACCAGUGAAUUGUCAACUUGUUUGUUACUUUCUGUUGAAAAUGUUUUUCAUGCCUCAUGAGAUUUGUACAUGUGAGGCAAAAGGGACGAGACCAUGGAGAUUGUUUUAUGGAGAGCUAUCUUGUGUUGAUGUGCUUGUCAACAUUACUAUUGUUGCUGUGAACUGCUUGAUCAAAAGGAGCAACCAUGAUAAAUUAACUGUUAAUUGCCAAUAGUGUGAGCUGUAUCUUGUGUGUAAUCAGUCAGCUCACUUUUCCUAGUUCGCUUUCUAUUUCACAUUCUCCAACAGUUUUGUUGUAUCCGUUCUGUGUAGCUUGAGCUUUAGUAUCUAGCCUUAAGACCCCGCAGUCGGGAUAAAGGUCAACCCCAGUGUGUUAUCAUACAUCUGAACUAUUAUUAACAUGUACUUUGCCUUGGUCUGGACAUUUGUAUACUCUUCUGUUUAUAUCUGUAAUCCUGCUGCUACAUUAAAUGAAUUAAUAAAAAUGUC